GUAUUUUGCAACGCGUUGCCUGAUCACAAUCCGAAGUUCAUGUUUGGGUUGUUGAGCUUGAGAUUGAAGAAACAUUAUUAAUUUGAGUAUAUUACUUUAAUUUGAGAAACCUAUAGGCUAUUUAUGAAAUUCCAGUUAAAAUCGAACUACUCAAUGAUUAGCGCCAUUGAAUUGAAAAUUUACGCGUAGUAUCAUUUGCAACGUAAUCGAUCAGCCAACUUGCCGUCUGAAUGGAAAAUGGAAAAGGCCAAAAGGGUGAAUUUAUUGUUUAUGCAGGAUUUCAGUUUGUUUACACUUUUCUAAACUUAUAUUAAUUCAAAGAUCAUAAAAAUUAUGCUUCAAAUUUCAAUUAGAAUUAACUGUGUGCACUUUCAAACUGUUACAUCUAGGAUUGUCUCUGCAUUAUGCAUUAAACUAUUAUAGGGACUUAAUAUUUUGAAUAAUUGGUGGAUUCUAGGUUAUGUCAUAGUUCUUUAAUUUUUUUAAAUUAACUGCUAAUUUAAAAACAUUUCACCAUGGAAAGUGAGAACAAGGAGAAUGUUAUCAAAGUAGAACCAACAAAUAAUGAUUCAGGAGGUGAUAAUUCCAAAUCCAAACAGGACAAUUCUGAUAAACCUGCUCCCGAUAAAAGUACUGUACUGGCUGUUUUACAAUUGCUAAGGAAAUAUAAUUUAAAGGGAACUGAAGAGAUUCUCCGAAAAGAAAUAAAUCUGUCAGAUAUUGGCAUAUCUGAACCGGAAUCAGAGGUCAGCAGUGUCUUAUCGGCUUAUAAAAGUGAAGGCGAUCCUAAUAUCUAUGAAGAAUCUUACUCAGAUUUGAAAAAGUUUAUUGAGGGCGCACUUGAUAUUUAUAAGCAUGAGUUAGGCAUGAUACUGUAUCCAGUAUUUGUGCACAUGUAUCUGGAGCUGGUUUACAACAGCCACGAGUCGCAGGCGAUCAGGUUUAUGGAGAAGUACGGUCGCGACCAGGAGGAUUACUACCAGGACGAUGUGAAGCGGCUGUCGCAGGUCACCAAAAAGGACCAUAUGAAGGGCAACGAACUCACUGACACCUUCAAGUCGAAUGAGUUUAUAAUUCGUAUGUCGAGGGAUACACUGACCAUCUUGAAGCGGCACCUUCAGGACAAGAAGCAGAGCAUUCUGCUGAACAUCAUUCAGGAGCAUCUGUACUUUGACAUGUAUGAGGGCGUCGCCAGGAAUAAGCAGCAAAUAAAGGCUACCGCCGGAUCAAUGGUCGGCGAGGCUACAAGGCAAGAUAACAAAGCAAAGGUGUUUUACGGCAUGCUGAAGGAGCCGGACAUCCAGUAUGUGCCGCUGGAGGAGGAUGACGAGGCGGGGGAGGGGGGAGGAGAAGGAGGCGAUAAGCCGAAGAAGAAGAAGGCGAAAAAGGACCCGAUGUUCAGCAAGAAGCCGAAAUCUGAUCCCAAUGCGCCGCCUGUCGAUCGUAUGCCGCUGCCCACUCUGAAAGAUGCUGACAAAAUAGAAAAGAUCAAAGCUAUGCGAGAAGCUACAAAACGAGUUACACUGGGACCUGAGUGUCUGCCUUCUAUUUGUUGUUAUACCUUGCUCAAUGCCAAUCACACUGUCACUUGUGCUGAGAUAUCUGAAGAUUCGAGCACACUGGCUGUCGGGUUCUCGGAUUCUAUCAUCAAAGUUUGGAGUUUGAUGCCUCAGAAGCUGCGUGCAAUGAAAUCGGCUGAACAGCUACAAGAUAUCGAUCAGGAAGCAGAGGAUGUUCUGGCAAGAAUAAUGGACGACAGGAACGCGGAGACGUCACGUGUUCUACUCGGUCACAGUGGCUCCAUAUUCAAUGUGGCCUUCAGCCCCGACCGCACUCUCCUCAUCUCCUGUUCGGAGGAUGCCACAAUUCGGCUGUGGAGCCUGCUGACGUGGACAUGCCUGGUGGCGUACAAAGGCCACAUGUUUCCGGUGUGGGACGUUCGCUUCGCGCCACACGGCUACUACUUCGCUUCGGCCGCGUGCGACCGCACCGCGCGUCUCUGGGCCACCGACCAGCACCAGCCGUUGCGCAUAUUCACUGGACACUUUUCCGAUGUCGAUUGUGUGCAAUUCCAUCCCAACUCCAACUACGUGGCGACGGGCUCCAGCGACCGCUGCGUCAGGCUGUGGGAUUGCGUCACCGGAAACCAUGUUCGGCUCAUGACCGGCCACAAGGGCCCGAUCUACUCGCUGGCGUUCUCCGUGGACGGCCGAUUCCUGGCUUCAGCCGGCCAAGACUGCCGCAUCCUGCUGUGGGACUUGGCUCACGGUCACCUGGUGGCCGAGUUGACCGCCCACACCCAGACCAUUCACACCAUGGCGUUCAGUCGCGACGGCAACAUACUCUCGUCCGGUUCCCUUGAUUGUUCGGUGAAAUUGUGGGACUUCACCAAAGUGACUGAGGAGAUGAACCUGGAGGAUGUGAACGUGUCUCACAACCCGGACAUUAAAAAGGACAGUGAAUAUCUACUUCGUUCCUAUGCAACUAAGAACUCUCCCCUACUUUGCUUACAUUUUUCUAGAAGAAACGUUCUCCUUGCUGUUAGUAUGUAUGAUUCGUCAUUAUGAGAGUGACUUGCAAUAAGUUUCUGUUUUAUUUGACUACAACUGUUUAGUAUAGGCCUAAUAGAUUACAUUUUUAUUAUAUUUUAUUAAUAAGGAUUAAAUAAGUUACUUGAACUUGAAA